UGCCAGUGUGUCUGAGACCUGCAGUUUGGAAGGGUUACCGAGCAACACACACCGAACCUGCCCACUCAGCACACAUGUACGCACAUCCGCGCACUGCAGCAACACGGGACGUCUCAGGACUCGCUGAAAAAUGAACCAGGUGAAGAGAAGUGUAGUAAGGACAACCAGCCUGCAGCAUGGACUCUGAAUCUCUGGACAGCUGUAUUCAGAGCACACUCUCCGCCCUGUACCCUCCGUUCGAGACCACUGCGGCUACUGUGCUGUGCCAGGUGCUAGACGUGGUUGAGAGGACAUACCGUGGAGACGGGCUACGCUACCUCAUCGACUUCCUGGUGCCUGCUAAACACAUCCUACAGAGCAUUCAACAAGAUGCAUGUUUCCCAUACUGUGGUUUCCUGUUUCGUCAUGAAGGCUGGCCACUGUGUGUCCAUGAGAAGGUCAUAAUCCAACUCUCCUCAUUGGACUGGCGUGUGCUACGUCCUAGUGACUUCUACUUGCAAGUGACACCAUCACCUAAAAGCCCUCCACGCAUCACAGUGAAGUGUCUGGCAGUUAGCGGGCAACAUGUGGAGGAGCUGGACGUGUCUCAGCUAGCAUACACCUCUCUAUUUACCAUGGACUGGCUGGACUCCAUCAACCGGGAGAGGAGUGUGGUCAGAAAAACUGCCCUGGAACACUGUCUUUUAUCAGCGGAUAAUGAUAUUUUUAGGGUACCAUGGGAGGAUAUUGUUCAUCCGGAGUUUAUCAGCCGGCCCCCCAAAGUUAUGGGACAAGGUGAAAGUAGAAGUGUGGCCAAGAAACUUGGGAACAGAGAGGAGAGGGACUCUUCCAAAAAUCAAGAGGACAACAUUGAUGACUUAGAAUGCAGGAUUUUUAUUGACACUUCUACGGACCAAUCAGGGGAGAUAGACCAUCAAAGCAAGGAUGUCAAGCUCCUCCCUGCUCUUAGUGAGAUCUAUAAAGAUAGCAGUGGGCGGAGCUCUAGCUGCACAUUAGAGGAUUCAGAGGGCGAGUAUGUGGAGCUAGCCGAUAUCUCCUUACCACGGUUUUCCCCACAGAAAGGCUCUCUCACUCAGGCCAUUAGCAUGAAUUACAGAAAUCUACAUAAACCACAGUCUGCAGCAUCCACUCAGCCUAAAGCCAAACCAGCUGAGAGUCUUCCAAAGUAUGGAGCAUGCUCGCAGAGCAUGGUGUGUGCCAUGCUGAUCGAAGAAAAUCUGAAUUAUGCAGAGGCAGAGAGUCCGCACCAGCAGGUGGAAUGUUCUGCACCCACCUGUGCUACAGGUACAGCCUCUUGUGACAGUGUGUCUAUGCUUGCAUCUGAAAGACUGUUUGUGUCUCAACACUCCAACCGUGAUAGUACUCCAUUUUCUGAUAUGUCAACACGCACCAUAUCACAACCAGACAGUAAACCCUCCAACACAUCACUACUAGACAAUGAGCCAGUCAUGCCAUCACAAUCAGAUAUCAAACCAGUAAGCACAUCCCAACUAGACAACAAACUAAACAGCACAUCACAGAUAGACAGAAAACCAGUCAACAUAUCACAAAUAGACAAUGAGCCCGUCAAGACAUCUCAACCAGAUAGCAAACCAGUAAACACAUCCCAACCAGACAGCAGACCAAUCUGCACAUCACCAUUAGACAGCAAACCAGUCAGCACAUCACAACCAGACAGCACAUCACAACGAGACAGCACAUCACAACGAGACAGCACAUCACAACGAGACAGCACAUCACAACCAGACAGCAAACCAGUCAACACUUCACAACCAGACAGCAAACCAGUCAGCACAUCACAACCAGACAGCAAACCAGUCAGCACAUCACAACCAGAUAGCAAACCAGUCAGCACAUCACAACCAGACAGCACAUCACAACCAGACAGCAAACCAGACAGCACAUCACAACCAGACAGCACAUCACAACCAGGCAGCACAUCACAACCAGACAGCAAACCAGUCAACACUUCACAACCAGACAGCAAACCAGUCAGCGCAUCACAACCAGACAGCAAACCAGUCAGCGCAUCACAACCAGACAGCAAACCAGUCAGCGCAUCACAACCAGACAGCAAACCAGUCAGCGCAUCACAACCAGACAGCAAACCAGUCAGCGCAUCACAACCAGACAGCAAACCAGUCAACGCAUCACAACCAGACAGCAAACCAGUCAACGCAUCACAACCAGACAGCAAGCUAAUCAAGACAUCACAUCUAUACAAUGAGCCACUAAAUGCAUCACAAACAAACUACAGAUCAGUCCUUACAUCACAACCAGACAGCAAAGUAGCUCACUCAUUACAGCCAGAAAAUGAAGUUUUAACUGGUACUUUAGAAAGUAAAAACACAGAGCAAGGUUUCCCAGCUACUAUUGAACCCUUUAUGUCUGUUCCUGAAUCUGAGCAGGUGAGAGGUGACAGUGAUUUUAAAGGCAGUUCUGAAAUGCAGAUUAAUAGAGUGCCAGUUUCUGAGCCUCUAGCUGUCAGUGUGUCUUUGCAGAAACAGACCAAGCAAUCAGAGCUCAGACAAUGUCAGAUACUCACACACAUCCAUGCACCCGCUGAGCAAGGGUGUCCUGCAAGCCAGUCAGUCCCCAACCCUAUUGCAGUAAAUGAGAACCGCCAGACAUUUAGUGACUGUAGCAGUGACAAUAAUGUAUCUGACAGUGAUUAUAGUCCCAGUGCUGAGGAAGUAUCAAGGCCUGUUUCAGCUACUCUGCAAAGGGAACAAAUAGACUUGGCCUCCAUCACCACAGUGCAUAGGGAGGAUCUGGUUAUGCCCAUUUCACAGUUGAGGACAGAGCCCUGUGAGGACACAGUCAAUGAGAAAGUGGUAGAACUCCCAGAAGGUUACAAGACAAAGGAAGAACAUGCAGAAGGAGAAGAAGGGGAAAUGUUGCCUAGUAAGGAGGCAGAACAGGUGAAAAAUGAAAGCAGUAGAGAGACCGAAAGAGAGACAGAGAGUGAUAUACUAGCUUUAAGUGUGACAGAAGAAGUUGAAACCACUCAAACAGGUCUGGUAGAUACCACUCCCAUAUCUGCCUCCAUGGCAACAAACUCUCGAGUUCAGAAGGAGUACAAAUCCUCUAUUGUAACAAACAUGGAGAAACAAACCAAAGUUGAAGAGAAAGGGGAGGAGGAAGAGGAGGCAGAGGAGAGAUGUAAGGUGACCAUAAGCUCAAAGGACACUGAGAGCGAUACUGUGAGAUUCCCUGUGGUUGUGAGUGAGCAGGAGGUCAUAGUGACCAGCUAUUCUGAAAAUAGAGUCAUGUCAACAUGCUCUCAAGUCCCUGAUCCAUCCUCAGAGGUGUCAAUCACAAAUGGACACACAUGCCCAGAACAAAUUGACAGAUACUAUCAGGACACACUGAUAAAGGUAGAGGACACACCCACCGCAGUUGGAGGAGUGCAAAAAAGAAAGGAGGAGUUAAAGGGGGAAAAGGAGGAGAGGCAAGAGGAUGGGGUUACUUCCUCUGUAAAUGGCUCUCCAGCAGACCAUCAACAUCAAGCAGACAUAGAGUCCCAUUACCAUCAGCAGGAAGAAAAAGCAUCCAGUCACAGAGUAGACCGUAAUGUUUGCCACCUGUCUGCUGCCACUUUGCCGGGUAAGAGCCAGAGAGCAGAUUCCCUACCACUACCAAUUAUCACCCAGAGGACCCAGACUGCUCUGAGUGAGGUCCAUGACAUCAACCCUGAUGUCCUGAGCUCAGGAGUGCUCUGCCUGCCUGGAACAAGAGAUAAAUCAGGCCAUGCACUUGUAACAGUGACAAUGAGAAACACUGUCUGGUUGAAUCCAAACUGCAACAGUGGAGAGCUGGUGCGGAUAAUGGUCUUCUUCUACACCACACUCAGGAAGGAAGUUAGUGCUCUGGGUUUGACUGUCCUGGUGGAUGCCCGCAGGUGUUCUCCUGUCCCCGCCCUAUUUAAAUCCUUCAACAUCCUCCAGGAUGCCAUGCCUGGAUGCAUCCACACAGUGCUGCUGCUGGCUGACAGAGAUCUGGCUUUACGCAUGGAGAAAGCCUCUUCUAUACAGGUGGAGUUGUUAACAUCGCUAAAAUCUCUCUAUAAGCAUGUGGACAUCUCUCAACUGCCCACCGAGUUUGAUGGCACUUUCCCUUAUUCCCAUAGAAGCUGGGUCUGUUUCAGAAUGAGGUUGGAGCAGUUGACCAGUCAUUGUGAGGAUGCUGUACACCUACUUCAGACCACCACCAGCAAACUGGAGUCCACAGCACUGCCACAUUCAGCAGAGGAGGCCGAGAUUUUAUUGAGUAAGUACAGAGAGCUGAUGAGGACUGUACUGGAAGACAGCAGGCUAGUGCGGUUACAGCUGGAAGGAGGAGCUGCUCUGUCCCGUCUACGAAAGGAAGAGAGCAGUGUCAGCAUGACUGAGGACUACAGAGAUGCCAUCGAGAGUGCAGGACGUCUGUAUAACCAGGUGGACGAGCUGGUUCACAGGCUGGUGAUGCUGUCCAACAAGUGCACACAGGAACUGGAAUUCAUCAUUGAGUUUAAGACUCUGGAGGAGGGCUUCAGAGAGGUGAUUCAUUGGAUCGAGGAGGUGGGAGAUUCUCGUCUGCAGACACUGAGUGAGCUGGAAGAUUCCUUAGAGCAGUUACAUCAUAAACAGACUGUCUUCAGAGAAUUUUACACAGCUGCAUAUGAGCACUGUAAGAGUGGCGAAGCUCUGCUCAAGCGCUUGGAGAGGUGGGAGGAUGUCUCUUCCGCUGAACUUCAGGUGUACGAGGUAAAGGUGCGAUCAUUCUGGGUUCAUCUGCACAAUUUCUCCCAACGAGUUGAAGACACCAAGGAUAAAAUUGACAAGACUGUCCGACUCUAUGAGUUCUUUGACAAGGCCUAUGAAUGGGCACUAGAGGGCAUGCGUCAUUUGGCAUGUGUUAGUAUGGAGGAGUGCAGCAUAUCUGAGAAGUGCCAGAGUGUGAUCACUUGUUUGGAGGCUUAUCGCAGUCAGCAUCCACCAAUCCCUGAUGCACACUUCCAGGAGAUGAAGGACCUCGCCAGUGAACUGAAGACCGACCAGGGCCUCAAGCAGUGGAAGUUCGCCUGGUCCAAGUGUCAGGAGACCAAGCAAAUGUUUGAGAAGAAGCUGGAGACGGCCUUGCGAACCCGCCAUGAGAGCGACUCCAAAUCAGACUGUUCUCGGCGGAAGUCAGAUGGUAACAGCAAACCUCAGGAGCGUAGCAGUAGCCUCUCUUUCUCCUGCCGGAAAGCUUUUAGUGGAGGCUGGGGCUGGGAUAGACUUUCCUCACAGUCUAACAUGUCUUCAACACCCGGAAGCCCUUCUGGUAUUCGCCUGGACACCAAUGACUCCAUCCAUACCCCGACAGGAAGUCCUUAUAACAUUGAGCACAGAAUUCCACAUAGUACCCCCAUAAGAUCCCACAGGCUAGCACGUAGUAUUUCUACAGAUGAGUCUAAUCAGCUGCCACGUCUUGAGGCGCAGGCAAGUGGCUCCACAUGCUCCAUCAGCCCAAGCCUCUCCUCUGUCGAAUCAAACCACAGGGUUCUGCGGAAGACCCAGAGCUUUGAUACGGCCGGCAGCGAGUGUGUGUCAUGGUACGGGACCUGUCAGCGAACUUUGAGUGAGCCUGCGCGGAGAGGGAACACAGGGGUUUUUAUUAAGGGUCUAGAGGUGAGCAGCACAGAGGUGGUUGAUCGGCUGUAUAGCCCACGACUUCCGCCCAUGCACGGAUGGUCUUCGCCUGAUAGAGAGCGCAGCGGGAGUCCUGCUCUGGAAACAUGCGGCAAGGGCAGCAAACUACGUCACAUUGUGGAUGAGAUGGUCACAACAGAGAGGGAGUAUGUGCGUUCUCUACGGUACAUCAUUGAUAACUACUUCCCUGAGAUGGAGCUUGCCGAUCUGCCGCAGGACCUGCGGGGAAAGCGCAGCGUCAUCUUCGGUAACCUGGAGAAACUAGUGGACUUCCAUAGCCAGUAUUUCCUUAAAGAGCUGGAGAGCUGCUGUAACCACCCACUACGUGUCAGCCACUGCUUCCUACGGCAUCAAGACCAGUUUAGCUUGUACGCCUUGUACAGCAAGAACAAGCCGAAGUCAGAUACACUCCUGGCCAGCCAUGGAAACAGCUUCUUCAGGCACAAGCAGUUGGAGUUGGGGGAUAAGAUGGACCUGGCAUCAUACCUUCUGAAGCCCAUCCAGCGGAUGAGUAAAUACGCACUGUUGCUGAAAGACCUGAUCAAAGAAGUGAGUGAGGUCCAGGAGCAGGAGCUAGCAUAUCUACGUGCCGCCGCAGAGAUGGUCAAAUUCCAGCUGCGCCAUGGCAAUGAUCUGCUCGCCAUGGAUGCCAUCAGAGACUGCGAUGUGAAUCUAAAGGAACAGGGGCAGUUGGUUCGUCAAGAUGAGUUUACGAUUUGCUAUGGCAGGAAGAAGUGCCAAAGACAUGUGUUCCUGUUUGAGGAUCUGGUACUCUUCAGCAAACCCAAACGCAUAGAGGGUGGCCUAGAUGUUUACAUAUACAAGCAUUCGUUUAAGACAGCCGAUGUUGGUAUGACGGAGACAUCGGGAGAGAGUGGUCUGAGGUUUGAGAUCUGGUUCCGGAGGAGAACUUCAAAGAACCAAGCCUAUAUUCUCCAGGCCAGCAGUGCUGACAUAAAACACGCCUGGACCACUGACAUUGCACGGAUACUAUGGCAACAGGCCACACGAAAUAAAGAAAUUCGAAUGCAGGAGAUGGUCUCUAUGGGGGUGGGGAAUAAACCCUUCCUGGACAUUAAACCCAGCGAUGCUGCUAUUAACGACAGGGCCAUUGACUACAUAAUGAAAGGCAGAGGGGCCAGAACGAGAGCCUCCAUUGCUGUUUCUCUAUUUGACCAUUCAAACCCAUUCAAACGAGCUGCAGUGAACACUCCUGUUAGCGGGCCCCCAGUGGCCAAUGGCCCCUCCUCUUCCACACUCCUCGGGCCUUUGAAUCUCCAUAUGUACAGCAGCCAAAAUCUGUUAGCUGGGGAGAGACCUCUCAUCAGUCCCUGCAUCGAGGAAGACGAACUGGAACAUGAGACCAGCAGUCAGCCGUCUAUGACUACAGAGAGUUCAGGUUCGUCUUCUCACUGUCUGUCUGGUAGUGGCUCGAGUGGCUCGGACAGUGGAUGUGUGUCCAGUCACCUGCCCGAGGCUCUAUCUGAGGAGCCCAGCUCACCAUGUGACUACUCCUGUUACUCCAUCACUUCUCCCACCCAGGAAAAACCCUCCUUUAGUAGUGAAUACAUCUCAGCGGGAGAAGCUCAAGUGAUAGGUCCAUCUACUAUAGUGUGAGCUCAGUAACCCCUGCUGCAGUUUAAUAUCCGUCUGCUUGAGAACGAGAAAACAACAUUACCACUCAGAUGAGGAGUACAAAGCUAGUAUUUAUUGUUCCUGUUGAGUGCCAGCAACUCACAUCUUACAUUGACUUUAAAAAGCGCUCGAAAUAGCACUGUUUCUCUUUUUCUUUGUUUAAAGCCACUUUUUAGCUUCAAUUGUUUUUUAUAUAAAUUUAAAAAUGAUCUAUUAAACUGAAUAAAUAUUCUUGUAUUUAUCUUUUCAAAUGUUUAGAUACAGUAGUGUUCUUACUGUAUUAUUAACUGUAAAUAACUCCUGUAGUAGUGUACAAUACAGUUCUAAACUGUUUCAGUUAUUCAGCUCCCACUUUUUUUUUUUUUGCCCACUUUGCUGCAGACUGAAAUGUAUUUGAUUUAGAAAUGCCUUAAUGAUAAAAGGCAUGUGGAAAUUUCUGAGCAUCAGUAUACUAGAGUUUUGAGCAAUGUUCAAAAGAUUUGUUUUCUGACAAAGCGAUGUUCUAGAAUUUCUGUGUUCUUUACAGUGUUUCCAUAAUGAUUCUUUCUAAUUUCAAAUCUGACCUUUGGUCAGUCGGUUCAGUUUGGACAUUAUUAUGAAGAGUUUUGUGCCUCUCCAGCUUGUUACAUUUGGAAUGAUCAAGAAUCAUAUUUCUGUGGGACAGACUCAGGAUUUAUCAGAGCAUAAACUAAGAUCUUAAGACUGACCUCAGGUCAGCUUUGCCCUGCACUGCUGCUCCUAGAUACUGGGUAGUGCUGCCUGUUUGGAGAUGGGAGAGAGGUUUUUAAUUUCAGUUCUUUUAUUUACAUUAAUAAUUUCAACAAAAAAAUGUACAUUGUUUGUAAAUAGCUGCACUGAUGGUGCUUUGAGGACAUAGCGUUUAGGAAAUGUUCCAAAUUUAUACAUGUCAAAAUGGGAAUAACUGAAGUGCCAUUCUUUGUCGCCAACACAUAUCUGAAGUACAAAAUAAAAAAAACAAUAAAAAAAAAAAAAGAAAAGCAUUGCAAUCUCCAUAUCUAGCUGGAGCAUGAAUGUGUACACGUGUACUAUUUUCCAAUCUUAAGUUCACACAGAAGUAAUAAAGACUGAUUUCUUUGUACUGAUAA